AUGGCCGGAGCAUGGUGGUAUCGUGGUAUUCACUCCCGCGGCCCCCGCUCCGGCGGCUUCGACCCUUUCCCGAUCUACUCGGGCGACGGCCACUACUGUUUCCACGGCGCCUCCCAACAUUCCAUCUACAUCCAAAAGCUCAACGCAGACUACGUCUCCACCUCAGCCUCUCCUCUCUUUCAUCUCCAAGUCCACCCAAUCAUACCCUAG